AGUGACACAGAGAGAGAGAGAGAGAGAGAGAGAGAGAGUAUGCUUCACGGGUAGUUUCCGCAGCAGAGCGGUUGGGUGGGGUGUGGUGGGCGUGCCUCUGCCUCUGCCUCUGCCUCGGCCUCGGCCUCUCCUUCCCUCUAAUUAAAAGGCUCUCCUGCUUCCUCCCUCUCCGUUUCUUCCUCUUCUCCUGCUUGUGAACUUAGCCCCUUUCUCUUCGAGCUUCUCUCUCUCUCUUUCUGUUUCUGUUUAUCUCUGCCCCCUCUGUCUCUAGUGGUACUACUGCAUAUGGACUCUGCUGCAGCAGCUACGGGCAUGAUGAGGUCCGCUCCCCCUUCCCCUCGCUUCGGCUUCCCUCCAAACCCUACUUCCAACCCCAGAUCCCUCCCCAUCAGGCUCCUCCCUUCCCCCUCCCGCCGCCCCCAGCAUAGAGAGAGACAUCACCUCCCCCUAGCCCAAUCCCGCGACUCCAAGAACCCUACCUCCCUCGUCGCGUGCUCUGUUUUCACCUUCUCUUCACCAUCCCCAACGUCCGACCUCGUUUCCUCCAAGCUCCAGUCUUUGGUCUCCGAGUUCCAGUCCCUGUCGGAGCCCGUUGACAGGGUGACGCGGUUGCUCCACUACGCCACCCUCCUCCCCAGGCUCUCCGACUCGGCUCGCGUCGACAAGAACCGGGUCAUGGGAUGCACUGCUCAGGUGUGGUUAGAGGCUACGAUGGAUAAAGAUGGGAAGAUGAGGUUUGGCGCUGACAGUGAUUCUGAGAUCACCAGAGGGUUCUGCUCUUGCUUGGUCUGGAUGCUCGACGGUGCCGCACCAGAGGAGGUGUUAGAAUUGAAAACGGAGGACUUGGCAUCUCUGAAUGUGGGGUUGCCCCGCGGUGGUGAACGUUCCCGUGUCAACACAUGGCAUAACGUGUUGAUUAGCAUGCAGAAGAGAACUAAGAUGUUAAUGGCUGAGCGUGACGGUAAGGCUCCUUUCCAGCCAUUCCCGUCUCUGGUCGUUACGGCCGGUGGCAUCCAUGCCAAGGGCAGCUAUGCUGAAGCUCAGGCAAGAUAUUUAUCUCCGGACGGGUUCAAGGUGAAAGAACUUGUUGGUGUGCUUAAGGAGAAGAAGAUUGGUGUUGUGGCACACUUCUAUAUGGACCCGGAAGUCCAAGGAAUCCUCACAGCUGCACAGAAGGAAUGGCCCCACAUCCACAUUUCCGAUUCUUUGGUCAUGGCUGACUCAGCCGUUAAGAUGGCAAAAGCUGGGUGCCAGUUCAUAACAGUUCUCGGAGUAGACUUCAUGUCGGAGAACGUCCGUGCAAUCCUCGAUCAGGCUAGAUUUUCUGAGAUCGGUGUCUAUCGGAUGUCUGACGAUCGAAUCGGCUGUUCACUGGCGGAUGCUGCAUCUGCUCCUGCCUACAUGGAUUAUUUGGCGGAAGGCUCAAAAUCUCCUCCAUCUUUGCACGUUGUGUACAUAAAUACUUCCCUCGAGACGAAGGCUUAUGCCCACGAACUCGUGCCUACAAUUACCUGCACUUCAUCAAAUGUUGUUCAGACCAUUUUGCAGGCUUUUGCUCAGGUGCCAGAUUUACACGUUCUCUAUGGCCCAGAUUCUUACAUGGGAGCGAACAUUAAGGAGCUGUUCCAGCAGAUGACUAUGAUGACUGAUGAAGAAAUUGGUGAAAUACACUGCGCACAUAACAAAGAAUCGAUCAGGUCACUUUUACGCCGCUUGCACUACUACGAGGAUGGAACUUGUAUUGUCCAUCACCUCUUCGGGCAUGAAGUUGUGGAACAGAUUAAUGAGAUGUAUUCCGAUGCCUUCCUAACUGCCCACUUUGAGGUCCCUGGAGAGAUGUUCUCCCUGGCAAUGGAGGCAAAGAGAAGAGGAAUGGGGGUCGUGGGGUCCACCCGGAACAUACUAGAUUUCAUUAAGCAGAGGGCUCAAGAAGCCUUGGACAGAAAUGUGAAAGAACAUCUCCAGUUCGUACUGGGGACAGAGUCGGGAAUGGUGACUUCUAUUGUUGCAGCAGUCCGCAACGUUUUAGGUUCGGCUGAAUCUCCAACGUCGGGUGCCAAGAUCUCUGUGGAGAUUGUAUUCCCAGUUUCAUCUGAAUCAAUGACAAAAACAUCAUCAGACCAGUCGUCCCUUGGUGUAAAUCCAGGCAAAAUAGGUGAUUUAAUGUUGCCAGUUGUACCGGGAGUUGCAAGCGGAGAGGGCUGUUCUAUACAUGGAGGCUGUGCUUCCUGUCCGUACAUGAAGAUGAACUCUCUUACCUCCCUCCUAACAGUCUGCCAUCAACUGCCCGAUGAGAAAAAUACUCUCUUGGCCUUCCGUGCAGAGAGAUUCAAAUCACAGACACCUCAUGGGAAAUCGAUCGCUGAUGUUGGGUGUGAACCGAUCUUGCAUAUGAGACACUUCCAAGCAACAAAGAAACUCCCCGACAACCUCGUCCAUCAAAUUCUUCAUUGCACUAGCAAUGGGAGAUCUGUCCCAUCAUAGAGAAGCCGCCAGCUGCUGAGCUGAGUGGAGUGAUGAUUAAUGUGAGAGGAGGACAAUUUUGGAUAACAAGUACCUUAAACAAAGAAGAGCUGCUGAAAGUUCUGAAAUUUAUUUCCUCUCGAGGAAAGUUUGUUAUUUUCUCUCUCAUUGAAGCUUUGCCUUAAUGUGGAGAUGAUGCUUCUGAAAUUGGUUUCAACAGCACAAGGUCGGUCUCUGUUGCUCUCUCGCUACACACCAUAUAGAGAUAUAGUGUUAGAUAGCAUAAUAAUAUAGGAGAAUGAUUGAGGUUCUCUUCUGAUGUAUCAAGCUACACAGCUCUUAGGAUGGUACGUAUGAUUGUUUUCGAAGUGAAAAUGGUGAUCUGUAUCAAAAUUAUGUAUCUUCAGCCUUUUACCUGCUGCUUCUUCACUCUAUACUCGAAACUCUGCAGUGCAGAGGACUGAGCUUGAUAUAGUAUUGACAAUUAUUUCGCAUUUUGCGGAACUAGAGAAUGCAGACAUGUACUUUCUGUGGAAGGAGCAUCGGACAAUGGAUUGAGAAUGCAUUUUUGUUUCAGCA